UGCAGCUGUUUAUUAUUUAAAAUGGUCAGUGCACUAUGAUUUGGACAGCCUCAUAACAACCGUUUGAAAUUCAUGAAAAAAAAAAAAAAUCAAUGAAUCAUUGAUUUUGAUUAAAAUUGAAACCGCAUCUAUCUAUCAUUGGCCACGAUGUCUUUGCAACAUUUUCCCGAGUCUCUUGUUCUCCAGACAGCGCAGAUGUACUUCCACGCACCUCGUCGUGGCGCUGGGUUCUGUGUGAAGUUCUCGAGCGUGCGCACAUCCACCUCCACUAACGCACAAAGCGCUUCUGCUCAGGUUACUGUAAAUGAGACCUCCAGUCUUACUACAAUUACCUGUUUAAUGGACUAAAUAGCCAGGAGGACCAGAAGCCAUAAUAUGAAGAAACGCUACAUGGAUAUAGGCAGGCUACGGAAAAUGAAAAAGAUUAAACUCACAGAGAAGAUUUCCGAAAGCGCGUACUCUGUUCUGAAGUUCAUGAUCGUCUGGAUGCUGGUGCUAUUAGCUGACUUUGUUCUGGAGUUCAGACUGGAAUACCUGUGGCCAUGCUGGCUCUUUCUAGGGACCGUCUACACCACAUUUCACUGUCACGGACUGGCCAUCUGUGUUGUUUUCGUGUGUGCAGCAUUUACCCUGGACUUAUUCUGUUUCAUUUUUGUACCCUUACACUGGCUGUUUUUUGCAGCCAGCACAUAUGUCUUACUCAACUAUAUGUGGCAUACAGAAAAGGGAAUCUGUAUGUCAACUGUGACAUUAUGGAUACUUUUAGUGUAUAUGGAGGCUUCUCUACGGUUGCGGGACCUGAAAAGCCCUCAUGCAAAUCUGUCCCAUCUAUUUGCUGCACACUGCAUUGGUUAUCCACUAGUGUAUAUGGGAUUUGAUGCAACAUGCUACUUCUCCAGUAUGUUUAAGCUGCGCACUCAGAAAUCAGUUCAGAGUGAGAAUGACCUCCACAUGGAUCUCCUGCAACAAUCCCUACCUCCUUACAUGCACCUGUACCCAAAAUUGUGGAUGGAAGAUCCCAAAUAUAAGGUGGCCAAAUCUAGGCCGGCGCAAUACCAGUGUCCAUCCGAUUCCAUCACCUCAGAGGACAAACAAAACAUGGAAGACUGCCUUCAAAUCCACAGACUUCCUGCGAGAACCGAAAGAGACACAAAUCCACAAACCCCAGGACCCAAGCACCGUGGAGGUGAACUUCAUUUGGACUCUACGUCCAUGCUAGAAAUGACUGAAAACCUACCUCAGGAGGAUCAGAGCAGUAAAGCUCAAAGACCCUCCAAGAGCUCCUUGCCUAAAGUGCAUCGAGGUUCAGUGAACAUCCCUAACAGCAAAGGGGAGAAGAGGCAGAAAGCCCCCAAAGCCAUCAACACAAUAGGGGACUCUGCUGAAAGGUGCUCGUCAAACAUCUCCCCAAGUCCCCCGAACCCACAUGCCGAGCAGAUGCUGAAGCUGGAACAAGAAAUGAGGAAGCUGAAGGGAGAGCUGCAGGCGAGCAGACAGAGCGAGCAGGAGCUGCGCAGUCACAUUUGUAAUCUGACCAACAGUGAACACAGUCUGCGCCCUGAAGUCUCUCUGCUCAGACAUGCAAAUGAACUGCUGCAAAACAAGAUUCAAUGUCUCACAAAAUCCAGACAGAAGGACAAACAAAACUGUUCCUUGCUGGAAAAGAAAAUCAGAAUGGAAACAGAGGCUCGAGUUGCAGUAGAAAAACAACUUGCAGAAGUCAGAGCCCAAAAAUUUGAUGAAGCAACGAUUUUACUUCGGAGCGCAUCACACAGGCAAGAACACAGUGAAACUCAAAUGUUGAGGAAAAAAGCUAAAGAUCUAGACUCAGAGUACAAACAACUACAGCUGGAAUAUCAGGAGAAAGAAAAUCGAAUGAUAGCUCUAGAGAAUGAAGUGGAGACCCUCCAGAGGAACAGAUGCACGGAGCAGGAAGCGGACGCUUUGCUCUCAGCUCUCUCCUCCUUGCAGGACAAGGCUCAGCAUCUAGAGUACAACCUGAGUGCAGAAACCCGUCUCAAGCUAGACCUCUUCUCUGCACUCGGAGAUGCACGCAGACAGCUGGAGAUAGCGCAAGUUAAAAUUCUGAAACAAGACCACGAGGUCAAAGAAAUGAAACAGAAGCUUGCUGAAGCGAUGGCCGUGGCUCCAGGUAUGUCAUACAUGGCCCCCAGGUCCUCUAUGCCUCAGUACCUCAAGUUCUUCAACUCUGAGCGCUACAUGCUGAAUCCCAGAGCACUCAUGUACCAGUGUCUUAAGAAAUAAGACCAGCGAGGACAAAUCGGACGGGACGGCUUUUGAAGGAUUGUUUUGACUUGACAUUCGAAACACGAGGACAUCUCUGCUUCAAGGUUUGCCCAAAAACUUUGCCUUUUGACAAUGCCAACAGCCUCUGGUGCGUCUACGGCUGUGUUUACUGAUUUCAGCAGAGACACUGAGGCCGCUUAUAGGUGACCUUGCUUUGAGAUUCUUUCCAGAUGAAAUCAAAGUUGACUGUAAAUAUAUUGUUGACCAGCGGAUGACCAUCGAAUGCUGAGCAAACCGCUGCAAGCUGCGUAAACGGCAAGAUAUCAGUAUAAUAAAAAGUGUGAACUUGAUGAGGAGCACAGUUUAUCAUGAGGACAGGAUAUCCUGUGUUGGGUUUCAAAUGAAGAGGCUCUUCUUCAGCCAUGACAAUAACAGGCCAAUGCCUCACUUGGUCAUUCUGUGCCUCAUUAUUUAUGUGAAUUCAAUUUAUAUAACAAGCCAAUAUCAAACGUAAGUCAGUAUGUGAAUAUUCAAGUGCUUUGUACCGUUUUGUAUUCUUUUUACAUUACACACGUUACAACAGAAGUGACCAACACCCAAAAAAAAAAUACAAAAUAAAAUAAAACGUUUGUAGGUUUUCAUGUUUCUGAAAUUGUUGCCUUUUUUAUGUAUCAAUGGGAUGUUUUUUAUGAGAAGUUUAUUUUUCUGGCUUGACAUACUUUUUUUUUUUUUUUUUCUUCCUAAACCAAAAUGAAAUAAUGGUUUAAUUUUGUAAUUCUACUUGUUGGUCUGCAUGCCAAUUUAUGUAAACUGAUUGUUUUGAGAAAAAAAAAAAAAAGAUUUUGAUGUCUAAUUGUGCAUUUGUGCAAGGGCUGUUUUCUUCCAAUAAUUCUGGAAGCAGUAAUAAAGUCAUUUUCAAUGAUAAUCUUGUAUUCUUUUCCAUAUGACUGUGACACGAGACUUAAAGUUCUGUCAUAAUUUACUCACCCCUUUUUUUUUUUUUUUUUUU